CUUGACUACAACAAAACUGCCGCUGAAGUCGUGCCUGUGGUAUAGCAUUUGUUAGUCGCUAUCGCUAUUCUCGCACCUGCCUUCGUUGGCUACUCCUUGCGCCUUCCCUACCCUUUUGGUGGCAAUGGCUAGCAAACACUCAGCGAAUCCUGACGGUGCGCCUGCAAAACGACAGAAGACAUCAGGCGAUUUGAACCCAGAGAAUAACCCCUAUCUCGCACACUGGCACGACAACGAGUCAAAUGGCUAUAGUAAGGGUUACUCGACCCCUCCGAAAGACGGUCCAUUAGCAAAAAUGCAAAGACAUAAAACUACCGCGGCGCUCGCGCGGGCCGCUGAAGAUAGCAAGACGAACCCUUUCACUGGAAAGCCAUUCUCCGAGAGAUACUUUUCUAUCCUUCGAACCAGACGCGACCUUCCUGUGCACGCACAACGAGAUGAAUUCCUCCAACUCUAUCAGCAGUCUCAGAUUCUCGUCUUCGUGGGUGAGACAGGUUCUGGAAAGACCACACAAAUACCACAAUUCGUCAUCUACGAUGACCUGCCCCAACAAGAGCGGAAGCUCGUUGCUUGUACGCAGCCACGACGAGUCGCCGCCAUGUCUGUUGCUGAACGUGUUGCGAACGAGAUGGACGUCAAACUUGGCGAGGAAGUUGGUUACAGCAUAAGAUUCGAAGAUAUGACUAGCCAAAAGACGAUGCUCAAGUACAUGACCGAUGGUAUGCUCUUAAGAGAGGCCAUGAACGACCACGACCUACAGAGAUACAGUACCAUCAUUCUAGACGAGGCCCACGAGCGGACGCUGGCAACUGAUGUUCUGAUGGGUUUGUUGAAAGAAGUGGUCCUGCGCAGACCAGAUCUCAAGUUGAUCAUCAUGUCUGCAACACUUGACGCACAGAAAUUCCAACGGUAUUUUAACGAUGCGCCAUUGCUCGCUGUUCCUGGUCGAACCCACCCCGUCGAGAUCUUCUACACCCCCGAGCCGGAGAGAGAUUAUGUGGAAGCAGCAAUCAGAACCGUUCUACAAAUACAUGCGACGGAACCUGAAGGAGAUAUCUUGCUAUUUCUGACUGGUGAAGAAGAAAUUGAAGAUGCGUGCCGCAAAAUAUCUCUCGAGACAGACGAGAUGAUUCGUGAAGCCGAUGCCGGCCCCAUGAAGGUCUACCCACUAUACGGUACUCUGCCUCCAGCUCAGCAACAGAGAAUCUUUGAACCAGCACCGCCUCCUCGCAAACCAGGUGGAAGGGCAGGCCGGAAGUGCAUUGUUGCUACCAACAUUGCAGAGACGUCUCUCACCAUUGACGGUAUUGUGUAUGUGGUUGACCCCGGUUUCUCGAAGCAAAAGGUCUAUAACCCACGUAUCCGUGUUGAAUCACUCUUGGUUUCCCCAAUCUCGAAAGCAUCGGCACAACAAAGAGCCGGUCGUGCGGGUCGUACUCGGCCUGGUAAAUGCUUCAGACUCUACACCGAGGGGGCGUUCAAGAAGGAACUUAUCGAGCAGACAUACCCAGAAGUGUUGAGAUCGAAUUUGUCAUCAACAGUUCUGGAAUUGAAGAAGCUCGGCAUCGACGAUCUUGUUCAUUUCGACCUUAUGGACCCUCCCGCUCCGGAGACUCUCAUGCGGGCUUUGGAAGAAUUGAACUAUCUUGCAUGCUUGGAUGACGAUGGAAAUCUGACAACAAUGGGCAAGCUGGCGUCUGAGUUUCCCCUAGAUCCGGCGUUAGCGGUGAUGCUGAUCUCCUCGCCCGAGUUCUACUGCUCGAACGAGAUUUUGAGUCUGGUAGCUUUGCUUUCCGUGCCUCAAAUCUUUGUAAGACCAGCUUCUGCACGCAAACGUGCAGAUGAGAUGAAGAAUUUGUUUGCGCACCCUGACGGCGACCACCUGACACUUUUGAAUGUGUAUCAUGCCUUUAAGGGCCCCGAAGCACAGGCCAACACGAGACAAUGGUGCCACGACCAUUUCCUCAGUCUUCGAGCCCUUCAAUCGGCUGACAACGUGCGCAUGCAACUUAAGCGUAUCAUGGAACGAGAGGAGCUGGAACUCAUGUCAACCCCAUUCGAAGACAAGAAGUACUAUGAAAACAUCCGGAAGGCGCUUGUGUCAGGGUUCUUCAUGCAAGUCGCCAAAAAAGAGGCCAAUGGCAAAACUUACACCACAGUCAAGGAUAACCAGACCGUUUUACUUCACCCCAGCACUGUCCUUGGCCAGGAAAGUGAGUGGGUUGUGUACAAUGAGUUUGUGCUUACAAGCAAGAACUAUAUUCGGACUGUCACUAGCGUUCGGGGCGAGUGGCUGCUCGACAUUGCGCCUGGGUACUACGACGUUGAUAGUUUCCCUAAAGGUGAAGUUAGGACGGCACUGCAGCGACUUACAGAACGUGUUGCUAGGAGACAAAAGAUGAAGGGCGGCAGAUAGUCGUCGAGACUCAAGUGUCGACAUGCAUGUCUCGUCUGUCUCAGAAGGCUUCAAUCGACUCAGACUUCAAAAAUAGCCUGGUGGCUGGUCUUGCAUAAUCGACUGCUCAAGGAAUCCUCGACAGUGUUUAAGAAUAUCUCUUCAUCGCCUGAAAGCGGUGAAUGAAUGCAAAGUGGAUAAUUCCAAGGCAUUGCGUCAGCAUCAUUGCCAGUGGCUGUGUUUAGUAGAAGGAGUUUGGACCUGAUCCUCACCGAUCAUUCUUGUGCGUCGCCAGCUAAUGGCAACACGCUUACUACGAGUAAAAGAUAGAUUUGCUCAAGCCUACAAU